CCCAAUACCCAACACAUGCAGUGAAUACCCAACAUCAUCUCCCUUCGUUCAAGCUUACUCUGUAAACUACAUACUUACUAUCCGUUUACUCCUUUAAGAUGGUGUUCUUUCUCGAUUAUAUCCAGCAUAAACGUGACUGCAAGUUCAAGCAAAAUGAACGCGCAGAACGAAUCCGGGGUUUAACGCAGUAUCACGGUCCCUUCACUACACAGGACCGGGAUAUUAUCAACAAGCCAAUCGAGGAGUUGGUGAACGAAGUACAUGAUGGUGCACUUCAACCUAUUGACCUCCUUCGUACCUAUGGCAAGGUUGCGGUGAAGGCACACGAGAAAACAAAUUGCUUGACCGAAGUUAUGAUCUCUGCGGCUGAAGGAUGGAUUACGGAUGGCUCCAUUAACCUGAAAGGCCCACUGGCUGGAAUACCGGUGAGCUUAAAAGAUACCAUCAACGUUGGCGGCUUCGACUCCACUGUCGGUUACAGCAGCUUCGUCGGUAACAAGCCCGUCGAAGAUGGUCCCCAUACCAAAAUACUCAAGGAUGCUGGUGCCAUUCCCUACGUAAAGACAAAUAUGCCCAUUACGCUCCUUAGUUUUGAGUCCACGAAUGAUGUCUGGGGACGAUGCACUAACCCUCACAACAACAAAUACUCUCCAGGAGGGUCAACUGGCGGUGAAGCAGCUCUGUUGGCCUUGGGCGGGAGAAUUGGAAUCGGAAGUGAUGUCGCCGGCAGCGUUCGAGCCCCUGCCCAUUUCUCCGGUAUCUACAGUUUACGGUGUUCGACUGGGAGAUGGCCGAAGGGAGGGUUUGCAACGAGCAUGCCCGGCCAAGAAGGCGUACCGAGCGUCUACAGUCCCAUGACCAGGACCUUGGACGACUUGACGUAUUUUACUCGCGCCAUGGUCGGCAUGCAACCCUGGAAGUACGACCAUAGCGUUCACCCUCUACCUUGGAGACCUGAGAUAGAAGAAGAAUAUGCAUCCAAGGAAAAGUUCCGCAUAGGUGUGAUGAGGACAGAUGGGGUUGUUGACCCUAGCCCAGCAUGUAUUAGGGCUAUAGAAGAAACAGAAGUUGCCCUGAGACGAGAAGGCCACGAGAUUGUCGAGAUCGAUCCGCCAUCGCCGUACGAAGCCCUCCAACUUGGUGCCCUUUUAUUGAACGCCGAUGGCUGCAAAGUGUUCAAGUCGUUUUUCCGAUUUGGCGAGUGGAACGAUCCAGGGGCAGACCAGAUGGACUUCUUUAUGCGACUGCCCAGACCGCUCAAAUACGUAUAUUACCUUUGGGUUAAGUACGUUCGACGAGACGAUGUAUGGGCUGGUCUCGUCAAGGAUUGGCACGAGAAGAGUGUAUUCGAGCAAUGGCAACUAGUCUCUAAGCGUGAAACCUACAGGGCAAAGUGGUUCGACUGGUGGAACAAGGUUGAUGUCGAUUUCUUGCUGACACCUCCAAACGCCACACCUGCCGUGCCACAUGAUGGCAUGAAGGAUGCUGUGAGCAGCUGCGGCUACACAUUCCUCUUCAAUCUUGUCGAUUAUACCUGUGGUGUCAUGCCCGUGACACACGUCGAUAAACACCUCGACAGGUUACCAUCCAACUUUAACAUUAAGAAACUGAACGGAGUCGCUCAAGGUGCAUACAAGCUCUAUGAUGCUGAGGCGAUGCAUGGACUACCUGUCGGCAUACAAAUUGUGGGCCGAAGAUUAGAAGAAGAAAAGGUGCUCGCAAUCAUGAAGAGGAUAGAGAAUGCUCUUGGCGACGAGAGGUAUCAACUACUUGAUAUCGACUGAUUAAUCUAUAUGAAGUGAUACGUUGGGAGAUGUGCUGAUGAUAUCCGUGGAUAUAAGAUAUGCGUCGAUAUAUGUUUGCCUUAGUCCCGGCGGUUACUGUCGGCGGUUUCGAAACCAGGUUCUUCGCUAAGACAGCCAGAAAAAUCAUCAUUAGAAUUAAAAUAAAUUGAAACUUACUUCUUAACAGAAAGAUUUUAAAUAUGGGAAUUGAGAACAUGCCUGGACCCGUUACGAGUGGCUUGCAUGCGCAAGUCCAAGUAUAAGUGCU